AGAUAAAAACGAUUGUUGUUGGCAACAUUAUCGACAAAUUUCAUUCGAUAUCUCGCACACCAAUGCCAUUGUGUGCCUUUUCGUUCUGUUCAAACCCACUCGUUUCCAAGAAACUCCAAGGAAAGAAAACCAUCGUGGAAAGCAGCCAUUUAGUUGAAAGAAAGACGUCCUUUGUGGAUUCUGCCCUUUGCUCUUCAUUCAACUCAACCAGAGCUACUCGUAAAAAUGCUUGGAGCCUUAUAACUUGCGUUGCUACGCCUCACAAGAAAGCAACUGGAGUUCGAACUGCUGGUUCUAAAAUAUGGUCUCCUGAUUCUUGGAGGAAUAUGCCAAUCAAACAGGUACCGGAGUAUCCAGACAAGGAUCAAUUGGAAGCUACAGAGAACCGUUUAAAAAAAGCUCUUCCUUUGGUAUUUUCGGGAGAAUGCAGAAGAUUGAAGGAGCAACUUGCCAGGGUUGCUCGUGGAGAAGCUUUUGUUCUGCAUGGAGGAGAUUGUGCCGAAAGUUUCUCGGAAUUUGAACGUUAUGGAGGGGAUAAUAUCAAGGAUACUUUCACGCUACUCAUACAGAUGAGUAUUGUAUUAAUGUAUGGACUACGAAGACCAGUUGUCAAGAUUGGCAGAAUGGCAGGGCAGUUUGCGAAGCCUAGAAGCAGUCCUUAUGAGAAAGCCAAAAAUGCUGAAUUAGAGCUACCCAGUUAUCGUGGUGAUAUGAUAAAUGGGCCAGAAUUUAAUGCUGAAGCCCGAAUUCCUGAUCCGAAUAGGAUGGUUCAAGCCUAUCAUCAGAGCACUGCAACCAUCAACUUGUUACGUUCAUUGGCUGGCGGUGGCUUUUUAGAUUUGAAUCGCAUUCACGAUAUUAACUUGCAGUUUGUAAAUGAAACUCCUCAAGGCAAACGCUUCUUGGAAUAUGCAAAUAGUAUAUCCGAUGCAUUGGCAUUUAUGAAGUCGUGUGGUAUUCAAGCAGAUAGUCCGAAUACAAGAACACCCGAAUUUUGCGUUUCUCAUGAAGCAUUAUUGUUACCUUAUGAAGAGUCGCUGACUAGAUAUGACGAAGAAACAGGAAAAUAUUAUGCAACUUCAGGUCAUUUUCUGUGGGUGGGUGAUCGUACACGGCAACCCGAUUGUGGACAUGUGGAAUUUUUGAGAGGAAUCGACAAUCCAAUUGGCAUCAAAUGUGGACCAUCUCUAGCAACUGACGAUUUACUUCGUUUAUUGGAUAUUUUAGAUCCAGAAAAUGAGCCUGGACGUAUUACUUUAAUAGUUCGUGUUGGUGCUGGUCGAGUUGCGGAGCACCUUCCGAGAUUUGUGGAAGCAGUUCAUAAGGAAGGGAGGCAAGUUGUUUGGAGUUGUGAUCCCAUGCAUGGGAACAUGGAAACUUCCAAGUCUGGUUAUAAGACAAGAAGGUUCGAGAACAUAUUAGCAGAAGUUAAGGAGUUUUAUGAAAUUCACCGACAGUUGGAUUCGUAUCCAGGUGGAAUCCAUUUGGAAAUGACGGGACAAAAUGUAACAGAGUGUAUUGGUGGUAUGAUGGAAUUGGAAGAAUCCCAACUUUCUCAACGCUACGAGAGUCCUUGUGAUCCCAGACUCAACGCUUCUCAAUCCUUAGAGUUGGCUUUUUUAUUAUCCGAGUUGUUUCGCAAGUCAUUGUAAACAGCUGUAAUGGAUAAAAUGUUGCCGGGAAUAAAAUCCACUUCACUUUGGACUCUUUGAAAUGGAUUAUCUACUUGGACUAUACUUUUUCAUGUCUCGAGAAAAGUCCUUGAAUAUAUCAAUCUUAUCAUUC